CAGGGAUCAUAUUACCGGUCAGCAGAUUCCACCCUACUCUGGUACAACAUUCAGCACUGGCUUCUUCCAGGAACGGAGACCUGGAAUGUACCAUUUCAUGCAGCAAUUUUUUGUGGCCCUUCUGUGAAGGGAAGAAUUUCACUGCCUGACAGAAUUUAUAAAAUCCGAACACUCAGAGGAACCUUACUACUGACUCCGUGUUCCCUAAACUGACCAAAAGAAGCCUGGAAUACAAAAUGGAAACGAAUGUAGCUGGAAAGGGAAAGAUCAAAGUCCGAAUUUCAAAAUCUCUCUCAGAUGGUGAAGAAACAGCUAUAGCUGCUCGGAAGGAAAAGGUGGAAAAAGCUCUUGGCAAGCUUGGGAUACAAUGUGAUUCAGAGAACAUCCCCAAUAUUGCUGUCUUGGGAGCAGGAGGAGCUGUGAGGGCUAUGAUUGCACUGUAUGGGACUCUAGCAGAGCUGAAGAAAUAUAACCUUUUGGACUGUGUCAUGUACUUGGGUGGGGUGUCAGGUUCUACCUGGUGCUUGCCAGCCCUAUACAAAAAUGAAGAUUGGACAGAAGAAAUAGAGAAUUUGAGUAAACAUCAGUUUGAAAAUCUUGUCCAAGGCCAGUGGGAUUUUAAUAAAGCAAUCAAAGCUGUUCUAGAGGCUGCAGAAGAUGAAUGUUACUCUCUCACUGAUUUCUGGUCCUAUUUUCUUGUGCAUAAACUACUAAAUAAGUUUGACGAAGAUAAAUUGUCUGCACAUGGUGGAUCUUGUGAGAGUGGAAAAACACCUUAUCCUAUCUAUUCAGCUGUGAACAAGCAAACUUAUCAGAAUCAAAAUGCAGGUACCUGGUUUGAAUUUACCCCUCAUGAAGCUGGAAUUCCUGGACUAGGGGCAUAUGUAGACAUCAAAUACUUUGGAAGCAUAUUUCAGAAUGGGCAGCUAGUCAAAGAGAAAAAAGAGAAAAAUAUUUGCUAUUUGCAAGGCUUAUGGGGAAGUGCCCUUGCAGGUGAGCAAGACAUUUCAAAGACUAUAUCAGAUGCUUUACAAGAUUUUGGAAAAUAUGAGAGAACAGAGGACCUUACGUCAACAGAAUUAGACACAGACAGUGAGAAGUUUAAUAUGCUCUUCAAAUGCUAUAAAACUCUCCUGGAGCUGCAAUUGUUGGAAUCUACAGAUAAAAGAGGAGUAGAUAAACUUGACCACCUAGAAAACAUCUUGAAAGAUUACAGUUCCAGCAAAAGCUAUGAAUUGAUCAGAAGGAUGAAGGAGACCUGGUAUUCUGCAGAUGAACAGAGAAAAAAGAAAGAGUAUAUGACAUUAUUCCAAACGUUGGAUGCUGAUUUUGGAGGUUUUACUAAUGACUCCAGUCAGGUUUAUCUUAAAGUGGUGAAUAAGACUUGUUUAUGUCUUUUGAACUGGUCAUGGGGAAGCAUCAAUAAUUUCCUGUACCAAUGUUCUGAUGUUGAAUUUCCUGAACUGACAAGCAAUCCCAUUAUAUCUUUGAUUGAUGCUGGUCUGGCCAUAAACACAGCUUAUCCACCAAUUCUGCGCCCUGAGAGGCAGGUGAAGUUGAUUCUUUCUUUUGACUUCAGUGCUGGAGAUCCUUUUCAGACAAUUAAAAAAGCUGCUGAAUACUGUGAAGCGCAUGGGAUUCCAUUUCCCAAAAUAGAUGAGAAUGAAUUACAAGAUGUAGAUACUCCGUCAGAUUGCUACAUCUUCAGAGGAGAACACACCCCAACUGUUAUUCAUUGUCCAUUAUUCAACAAAGUCAACUGUCCAGGUAAAAUUGCUGAAUACAGAGAAGAAUUCUCUACUUUCAAGAUGAGCUAUUCUGAUGAAGAGAUUAAAAAGUUGCUCACUGCAGCAAAGAAUAAUGUAGCAAAUGUUCAGCAAACGAUACUGGAGGAAAUUAAGCACAUUGUAGGCUCUCCUUCAUAAAGAGCUUGAGCAAAUAUUUCCCAUUAUAAUAGUAGACUGACAUAAGAAACUUUGUUCUCCAACAGAAAGCACUGUUACUAAUUAUUAGUAUCAAUGAAGGGUUAUGUAAUUUCCCAUCUUUCUCCAAAAAAAAGGUUUAAUUAAUAUCUGUUGAGUUUUGGGCUGCACAAGAUCCAUGAUUGCUGUUAACAUUAUAAAAAUUUAAAUGUUUAAAUUAAUAUGAGUUCAGAAUACAUCCAGAGAAGAAGGAAAGAAUGGGAAAAAUUAAAGAGACAGA